AUGUCGCCGGGUCCAUCAAGGGGUCUGAUAUCCCGUUUAACCCUUCUCUUUCCUGUCGUUUUCAACAGAGGGGGCGACACCCAGGCGGUUCGUCAUGCGUUUCGGUUUCUUAGCGCCUCGUCGUUGGCGCGUCGGAGGCCCCCUCUGGCGGUUCUUUCGUGGGCGGUCGAUGGCUCCGGUCGGACGUAUCACCGCUGCCGUCGUCGUUUGAACGUUUCGCAACGCCUUUUAGGGAUUGUGGAGGUGAUUCGCGCGUCCGCCGCGGACGUUGUGGCGUUGCAGGACUCCACCCCCGCGUUGGCGGCCGCGCUUUGCGCCUUUAAUGAGGAUUCGCUUUCUCUUUCUUCCGCUUUUUCGAGGGAGACAGACGCGCCGACGUCGGUUUCGGGGAUUCGGCCUGCGGAGACGUUUCUGCGCUGGCGACUGCCGCUGCAACAGGAGCUCAACAGGGAUAUUGCUCUAACCAUUGCAGAGAAGAAAGGCGAGAAAGCAAAAAAAGAGGCAGAGAAAGGAGAAGAGGAGGAUGGGGUGAAGGAGGAGGAAAGAGGGGAUUCGCGUGGCGGUCGUGUUCUCACACCUGAGGGGGCUUCUGCUUCUUCUUCUUCUCCAGUGCGUUACGUUCUCAUCGGCACCGUACGCAACGGGGGGAGGGGAGAGCUGCAGAUCUUCGCGCGGCAGCCCUCACCGUGGAGGGUUCGUCUGCGGCCGGAGGCCCCCGGCCUCACUGUGGAGCUUUCCGCCGCCUCGACCGUUUACGUUCUCACAAAUGUCGAUUUAUCCUACCGUGGGAAGAGCCUUGGGGUGGGGGGUCGCCCGCUCACGAGCGCGGCGGUGAGUGCGGAGGGGAGCGCGUUCACCCUCACCCACGUUGCUGAGAAAGGGGAGGGAGGAAAAGGAGAACGAGAAGAAAAAGGAAAAGGAGGAAGAGAAGGAGUGCGUGUGGGUAGGCAGCUCGAUGCGCAUCGGGAGAUCGCCCUCGACUUCAUCGCUCGUAUCGCGCGGCCGGAUAUCCUCGUUGGAAACGUCUUUAUGGGCAAAUCGGAGGGCCUUCCAGGCUACGACGACGCCUGGGAGGUCGCUGGGGCGCCGCAGACAGAGGAGCACACGACGAACACCUGCUUCACCCACUGGCGGGAUCGCCAGACGAAUUACCACUACUUCGUUCCCACGGCCGGGGUGGGGGUGGCGGAGUCGGCGACGCCUUCCACCACCACGCGGGGGAUACCGGAUAAUAAAGAUACGGAUAAUUCUGAUAAUGAUAUGGAUACCCAUGAAGAGAAUAAAGAGGAUAGUGGGGAGGAUUCGAUAGUGGCGGUGGCGGCGGAUGCCGGGGUGGGGGUGCCCAUCCCUCUUGCCUCUCGACGCGCAGCAGACGGCUCCUGGCGGCUUCCCCCUCCCCUCCCCACUUCUCCUUCUCCCCCUUCUCAGACGUCAUGGGCGGGAGAGACGGAUCGUUGGGUGGAGUUGCAGCGUGAGGUGGAGUUACGGCGAGGUCGAGGGCCUUCUUCGACCACGCUCGGGGUGCCGGAGGUGGUGGGGCGGUUUCAGCGUUGUUUUCUUCGCUCCCAAGGGGGGUUUUCACGCCGCCGCUGCCGGGUGGUGGUGUUGCGGCCGCAGGUGGAGGUGGAGGUGGGGCCGGUUGAGGCGGCGUGGCAGGCAGCCAGGCAUCCUUCAAAACGGAAUCGCCCUCCACAGGGGAGCCCCGCCUCUGCGGUGAAAACCGUGGAAGAAGGGGGGGAAAACCCCUUGACGGACGUUUCCCCACGCAAGGUGUUGUGUUCGCUCUCGGACCAGUACCCUCUGCUGACUUUAUUGCACUAA